AUGAGGUGCAAGCGAAUCCAUUUAACGUCCGGGUUGAUCCUUGUGUUGCUUCUAUCCGUAUCUGUCAAAUUAAAGGCUUCUGAGGAAGAUGGUGGCUAUAAGAAGUGUGAACGUGAGGUCAAGAAAUGGUCAUUAUCUUCAACUGAUUCUGAGGUGAAAGAUGACAAUCAUGCCCUGCGUGACUUGCUCUUUUUCCUGCACGUCCCACGAACAGGAGGACGGACAUAUUUCCACUGUUUCUUGAGGAAGCUCUACCCAUCGCAGGAAUGUCCGCGGUCUUAUGAUAAAUUGAGAAUGGACCCAAGAAAACCAAACUGCCGGUUAUUAAGUACUCAUGAUGACUACAGCAUGAUGUCAAAACUUCCCAAGGAAAAAACUUCAGUGGUGACAAUACUUAGAAAUCCUGUUGACCGCGUAUUUAGCACUUACGAGUUUUCUGUGGAGGUUGCUGCUAGGUUUCUGAUUCAUCCUAACUUAACAUCUGUUGCAAGAAUGGACAAACGCAUACGUCAUAAGAAAUCUAGCGUAGGCACAUUGGAUAUCUGGCCAUGGAAGUAUUUGGUUCCUUGGAUGAGAGAAGAUCUAUUUGCUCGAAGGGAUACAAGAAAUCUUAGAGGGCAAACCCAUUUGGUAACUAAUAACUCAUAUGACAUGGAAGACAUGGUGAUGCCUCUGCAUGAGUACAUCAAAGACCCUAUUGCACGAGAUAUUGUCCAUAAUGGGGCGACCUUCCAGAUCACAGGUCUCACAAACAACUCCUAUUUUCCGGAAGCACAUAAAGUGCGUCAUUGUGUGCUCAAGCAUCCGAACCUUGGUAAAUAUGUGCUUGAAGUUGCUAAGGGGAGGUUGGACAAAAUGCUUUACAUUGGACUCACUGAGAACCACAAGGAAUCGGCAUCUCUGUUUGCAAAUAUUGUUGGUACACAAGUGAUAUCUCAGCACUCGAUAUCAAGUGUCAGUAAAGACGUUGAAGCUGACAGUGAUUCAGGUAUUGAUUUAAACAUUACCCUGUUUGGCAACGGCACAAACCAGGCCUUAAAGAAUGUUUCAUCAACUAACGACGAUGAAGUAUUUCAUGAAAAUUUGACAAUUGGCAAGUUAAUGGAUGCAUAUGAGCCUUGCAUUGCAAAUUUAAGGAACUCCCAUGCAGAGAGGCGUGUAGCUUCGUUUAAGCAAAUUUCUCCAGCAAAUUUUACAAAAGAGUCUCGUAGUCAGGUUCCUGAUGCCCUUAUCCACGAAAUAGAGCUACUCAACAGCCUUGAUGUGGAGCUCUACAGUUAUGCUCAACAUAUUUUCGAAAAGCAACGAGCACAUAUCCAGAGCAUGGCUUCUGCUGAAAGGCUCGGCAGCACCCUUUCUACCGGCACAUAUCCAAGAGUUCGGGAGCACGGCUCGAUGACUGGCAGCAACCGCAGCUACACAGAGCGCGAGCACGGCUCGAUGACGGGCAGCACCGCAGCUACACAGAGCGCCCCGUUGGAAGGAGGCCGCCGGCAAACUCAGGACUAG